AUGUUCGGGCGCGCGCCGAAGAAGAGCGACAACACCCGGUACUACGAGAUCCUCGGGGUCUCCAAGGACGCGUCCCAGGAUGACCUCAAGAAAGCCUACCGCAAGGCCGCCAUCAAGAACCACCCCGACAAGGGCGGCGACCCCGAGAAGUUCAAGGAGCUAGCUCAGGCUUAUGAGGUCCUCAGUGACCCUGAAAAGCGGGAGAUUUAUGAUCAGUAUGGUGAGGAUGCCCUCAAGGAGGGAAUGGGAGGUGGUGGAGGGAUGCACGAUCCCUUUGACAUAUUCCAGUCAUUCUUUGGUGGUGGCAGCCCUUUUGGAGGUGGUGGUGGCAGUAGGGGCAGAAGGCAGCGGAGGGGAGAGGAUGUGGUUCAUCCUCUGAAGGUUUCUCUGGAGGAUUUGUACAAUGGUACAUCGAAGAAGCUCUCGCUGUCCCGCAAUGCCCUCUGCUCCAAGUGCAAUGGUAAGGGUUCAAAGUCUGGAGCUUCGUCGAGGUGUGCUGGUUGCCAAGGUUCUGGCUUUAAGGUCCAAAUCCGGCAGUUGGGACCUGGAAUGAUUCAGCAAAUGCAGCAUCCUUGCAACGAGUGCAAGGGUUCUGGAGAGAUCAUCAACGACAAGGAUAGAUGCCCACAAUGCAAGGGUGAUAAAGUUGUGCAGGAGAAGAAGGUUCUUGAAGUGGUAGUUGAGAAAGGUAUGCAGAAUGGGCAGAAGAUCACAUUCCCUGGUGAAGCUGAUGAAGCGCCUGACACUGUCACUGGAGAUAUCAUCUUUGUCCUCCAGCAGAAGGAGCAUCCCAAGUUCAAGAGAAAGGGCGAUGACCUCUUCUACGAGCACACACUGACCUUGACUGAAUCUCUGUGUGGCUUCCAGUUUGUUCUCACUCACUUGGAUAACAGGCAGCUGCUGAUCAAAUCAAAUCCUGGCGAAGUUGUGAAGCCUGAUUCUUUCAAGGCGAUCAACGAUGAAGGCAUGCCCAUGUACCAGAGGCCCUUCAUGAAGGGCAAGCUGUACAUCCACUUCUCGGUGGAGUUCCCGGACUCAUUGAGCCCGGAGCAGUGCAAGGCCCUGGAGGCUGUGCUCCCGCUCAAGCCAGUGUCGCAGUACACUGACAUGGAGCUGGACGAGUGUGAGGAGACGAUGCCCUAUGACGUGAACAUCGAAGAGGAGAUGAGGAGGCGGCAGCAGCAGCACCAGGAGGCCUACGACGAGGAUGAGGAUAUGCCGGGCGGUGCGCAGAGGGUGCAGUGCGCCCAGCAGUAG